AUGCCCUGGGGACUGAAGGGUGGUGGCUAUGGACUUCACCUGGCCUUUCUGGGCUUGCACAGUGACAGCCUUAAGUUUUACGUGCAGCAGGAAAAUAAGGAUUUCGCGCCCCCUGUUGGCAAAGUCAGCCUUCGGAAAGAACUGGCCAACUUCUUGACCUACUACUCCAAGGCACCUACACCCCUUGAUCCAGAAAAUGUGGUGGUUCUAAAUGACUGCAGCUCAGUCUUGUCUUCGCUGGCCAUGGUUCUGUGUAACCCAGGUGAUGCCUUUCUGGUCCCUACACUGUACUACAGUACCUUCGCCUUUAGCUCCUACCUUUAUUCGAAAGUUGAGCUUAUUCCUGUCCACUUGGAAAGCUAGGUCAACGAGGCCAACUCGUAUUUUUUCAAACUCACCGUGGAUAAGCUGGAACUUACCCUGACUCAGGCUAAGAUGAAGGCAAAAGAGGUCAAAGGCCUUGUGCUACUCAACCCCCAGAAUCCUCUGGGUGAUUUCUACAACCAACUGAUGAUGAAAGAUUACCUGGCCUUUGCCAAGAAUCACAAACUACAUGUGAUCGUAGACGAGAUUUACAUGCUGUCUGUGUUUGAUAUAGCCGUCAGAUUUCGCAGUGUUCUGAAUAUGAAACACUUGUCUGACCCUAACAAGACACAUAUGAUCUGGGGCACCAGUAAGGAUUUUGGCAUGGCUGGCUUCCGCUUUGGUGUUCUCUAUACACACAACAAGGAGGUAGCCUCUGCCGUGAGAGUGUUUGACUACCUCCACGGUAUCUCUGGCAUUACACAGUACAAGCUGUACCAGCUGCUCCAGGACAAAGAAUGGAUAGACUGGAUCUACCUGCCUAUGAACCACAGUUGGCUCCAGAAGGCUUACGUCUAUGUCACUAAGAGGCUGGAGAGGCUGAAGAUCCCUUUUAUCACGGGUGGCUGUGGUCUCUAUGUCUGGAUCAACCCCUCCCCCCCUCUCCCCCUCACUCCUCCCCUCACUCCUCCCCUCACUCCUCCCCUCACUCCUCCCCUCACUCCUCCCCUCACGGGGCAGUCUGCCCCAGCGUCCCGGAAGUCGGGCCAAGAGGAUAUCACGCGCGAAACCCAGAAAGCAGACGCCCAAAGUAGGUGCGAUUCCCCGCGCUGUGCACCAAAGGGGCGGCUUGGUUGCCCUGUGCUCUUGAACGCUGCUGCUCUUGGGUCUGGAGUCCUGAGUGCGGUCACACAGGCUCCGCGGGCCAGGAAAACCCCCGGGCGGGCCCUGCAGACCACUCUGGCUAGAUCGCUAGGCGGGAUUGAGCCCGCCUCCCACCCAUACUGUCUUGCGCUCCUGCUGGGUUCUGGCUGCGCCCAGCUCGGCAGUGCUCUUCCUCCGACCUGGGCUGUCGUGGAGCAGAAUGUGUGCUUCUCUGAAGUCCCGCCACCUUGGGGAGGCCCCUGA